AUGCCACAAAUUAAGCUUCAAUCAUCUGACAAUGAGAUUUUUGAUGUUGAUGUGGAAAUAGCAAAAUGUUCGGUAACGAUUAAAACGAUGUUAGAAGAUUUAGGUAUGGAUGAUGACGAAGAAGAAGUUGUACCAUUACCAAACGUGAAUUCUGCUAUUCUAAAAAAGGUUAUUCAGUGGGCUACUUAUCACAAAGAUGAUCCGCCCCUACCUGAAGAUGAUGAAAACAAAGAAAAACGAACUGAUGAUAUUUCCUCUUGGGAUGCCGAUUUUCUUAAAGUAGAUCAAGGCACUUUAUUUGAAUUAAUUUUAGCAGCUAACUAUCUCGACAUUAAAGGCUUAUUGGAUGUGACCUGUAAAACAGUAGCGAAUAUGAUUAAAGGCAAAACGCCUGAAGAAAUCCGUAAAACAUUUAACAUUAAGAAUGAUUUCACAGCUGCUGAAGAAGAGCAAGUUCGUAAGGAAAAUGAAUGGUGCGAAGAAAAGUAA